UAGAAGGGAAUUCACAUCUUCCGUCAAGAGGUACUCCAAAUGUUCUGUAAUAGCAGCGUGGAGACCAGUUGCAGUACUGCCUGCAACAUGGGUUUGACCAACAGCAGCAGUCUAGUUGUGUGUCAAGAACCUGACAUUGAAAACUGGGACCACCUUCCACCCUGCAACAAGUACCUCUGCCCAUUGCUGCACACAUGCAUUGUCAUCCCAGUGACAGCUGUUUGCUUGGUCUUGCUGGUGCUGGGUGUAAUUGGCAAUGUCUUGACUGUGAUUGUAACAAGCUGCUCCCAAGAGCUACACAACACUACCAGUUUAUAUCUGGGCAGUUUGGCUGUCUCUGAUCUGUUGAUGCUCCUCCUGGGUCUACCUAUGGAUCUGUACCGUUUGUGGCGCUUCCAGCCAUGGGUGCUGGGUACUGUGCUGUGCCGUGUGUGGCACUGGUCAAGUGAAGCAUGUGCCUACUGUUCCAUUCUGCAUCUGACAGCCCUGACAGCUGAGCGCUAUCUGGCCAUUUGCUUCCCGCUGCGGGCUAAGGUCCUGGUGACCCAACAGCGGGUAAAAGCCCUGCUGGUAGUGCUCUGGGCUGUGGCACUGCUCUCUGCUGCACCUUACCUAUUCCUUAUGGGAGUCCGACAGGCUGGCAACCUUUCCAGUGAUGAUGAUUUCAGCCGUCAAUGUGGCCCUACUUUGUACGCCCAACAGUCAGGGCUGUUGGAGACAAUGCUCUGGGUCACCACCAGCUACUUCAUUCUCCCCUUCUUCUGUCUCUACAUUCUCCACAGCUUGAUUGCUAGAGAACUUUUGUCUGUUGGCAAAACACAUCUUGGUGUGGCUUCAUACCGGAACCAUCAGCAAACAGUGCGCAUGUUGGUUAUCCUGGUUCUGGCAUUCCUCAUUUGCUGGUUGCCCUUCCAUGUUGGCCGGAUCAUGUACAUCAACGCAAAGAAUUUCAAGAUGAUGCUCUUCACUCAGUAUUUUAAUGUUUUUGCAUUGCAGCUUUUCUACUUGAGUGCUGCUAUCAACCCAAUCCUUUACAAUCUUGUCUCAAAGAAAUACAGGGCAGCAUUGUUCAAGUUGCUGGUAACCAAAAAGCAACCAGAACGGGCUUCAACUAUUACGAGAGAGACAGCUGGCUACCUAGAGAUUACUGGAUAAUUUAAAAAGCAGAUGAUUCCUAGGACCCUUUCUCUCCCUGCUUUCACUGAUUGCUUUUUGGCAGAUGUGUGAAAUGAAGGGCAGAUCAUAGUUAAUGCUUCCAGGCAUAGCUCUUUGAAAUGUAAAUACUGGGCUCAUGUUGGUGAAACCAAAUUAUUACUAUUUAGACAAGCAGAGAAAGAUAUUCUCUCCUUACUGUGUAUAGUAUAAUUACCACCUGGUCUUUCCCGCAAACUAAUGCUUGUAAACCAGUAUUAGAAGCCAGACACUGAUUUUGAUUGGUAAGCAAGGACUUUCCUACAGUAUAGUUUGAUAGCUCUGAAAAAAUGGCAGCUUGAGUUUAGCCAACAGUGAAGAAAGCAGGCUUGGGAUCAUUUAAAAGCUCUAUUAGCUUAGCAACACUAUGGGAUAGCCCAUCAUUUGACAUACCCUGUUUCCCCAAAAAUAAGACCU